AUGUUUCUCCAACGUGUCCUGGCCCUCGGGGCUGCAUGUGCAAGUCUCAGCCUCGUUCACGCCGUUGACCUCACGGGCUACGAGUACGUAGUAGUUGGUUCCGGCGCAGGAGGUGGCCCUCUGGCUGCGCGUCUUGCCCUUGCCGGUCACAAAACACUCUUGAUCGAGGCCGGCGACGAUCAGGGACAGAGCAUCAACUACACCGUACCAGCAUACCAUGCCCGAGUAUCCGAAGAUCCCAAGCUUGCUUGGAACUUCUUCGUCCGUCACUAUGCCGACGACGAACGCCAGGCAAGAGACUGGAAGACCAGCUACGACACACCAGAGGGCACCAUCUACUCUGGCCUCAACCCUCCUAAAGGAUCCAAGAUGAAGGGUGUUCUCUACCCCAGGACCGGAUCACUUGGCGGGUGCACUUCGCACAAUGCCAUGGUGGCCGUGUAUCCUCACGAGUCUGAUUUCAACUACAUCAGCACCCUUACGGGGGAUAGCUCAUGGCGGCCCGACAACAUGCGCAAGUACUUUGCCCGGAUGGAGAGGAAGCAGUAUAUCAACGGUCUUUACAAGGGACAUGGAAGAGAUGGUUGGUUCACCACUGAGGUUGCCCCCCUGACCAUUCCCCUCAAAGAUCCUCAACUACUGGCCACCCUGACCGGCGGUGCUUCUGCCCUCGGAAGCCUCAGCAACCAGAUCUUGAACGUCGGCACUCUUCUCGCAGGCGACCUCAAUGCGGACAGCAGUCUCCGUGAUAGACAGCCUGCCUACUACCAGAUUCCCAUCAGCACCGACAAGGGAACCCGUCUCGGAACCCGCGAGUUUGUGGUCUCCGUCCGGGACGCCAAGAACCCUGACGGCAGCAAAAAGUACCCUCUCGAUGUUCGCCUCAACUGCCAUGUCACCAAGGUCAUCUUUGACAAGAAGUCUUCCCCUCCCAGGGCCAUUGGUGUGGAGUUCCUCGACGGCGCCUACCUCUACCGCGCCAGCCCUCUGUCCACUGGAGCCAAGGGAACCCCCGGGUCCGCCCGCGCCUCGAGAGAGGUCAUUCUCGCUGGCGGCACCUACAACUCGCCCCAGCUUCUCAAGCUCUCUGGCAUUGGCCCCAAGGACGAGCUCAAAUCUUUCAACAUCCCCGUCCUCGUCGAUCUUCCUGGUGUCGGCGCCAACCUCCAGGACCACUACGAGACGGCGGUGACAGCCCGCGCUCCCCGUUCCUAUAACGCCCUCAAGGACUGCACGUUCCUCUUCAACACCACCGACGACCCCUGCCUCGACAAAUGGCAGCGUCCCAUCCUCGGUGACCGCGGCACCUACGCCUCCAACGGCUUCGCGGCCGCCAUGCUCUCCAAGUCCACCACCACCCCGGACGGCUCCUUCGACACGUUUGUCUUUGGCGGCCCAGUCAACUUCCACGGGUACUAUCCGGGCUACAGCUACGCCGCCGUUGCCGAGUCCGACCUCUGGACCUGGGCCGUCCUCAAGGCUCACCCCCGCAACACGGCCGGUUUUGUGCGCCUUCGGUCCGCCGACCCGUUGGACGUGCCCGAGAUCAACUACAACUACUUCGACACCGGCAGUGGAGACUGGAGGGCGGAUAUCCAGACUAUUGUUGAGGGUAUUGAGCUCGCGCGGGAGGCGCUGCGCAAGCAGCCUGUCCGGACGAACGAGAUUCUCCCUGGUGCAGGGACGAAUACGAGAGAGGAGCUGGAAGCUUACAUCAAGGAUACUAGCUGGGGUCAUCACGCCAGCUCGACCUGCCCUAUUGGUCCUGACGGUGACCCGAUGGCCGUGCUGGACAGCAAGUUCCGGGUCAGAGGCGUGAAGGGGUUGAGGGUGGUCGAUGCUAGUGUGUAUCCCAGGAUUCCGGGCACAUUCACUGCUGUGUCGACCAUGAUGGUGGCCGAAAAGGCUGCGGAUGACAUUCUGGCCGAGGCCAACUGA